AUGCUUCGGAAAGUAUGGUCUUCGUCAUAUCGAUCUUCUGUAUCAUUCCAGAUCCUCUCUGACCUCCAUCUGGAGGUUAACCAACAAUACUCAUCUUAUGAAAUUCCCGCUUGCGCAGAGUAUCUUAUCCUCGCGGGUGAUAUCGGACGCUUAACGGACUAUAAUGAUUACCGCAACUUUCUGCAGAAACAGACUGACCGGUUUAGAUCAGUGUUUCUCUUACUUGGGAACCAUGAGUUCUAUAAUGAGACGUUUGAUACGGGAAUAGAGAUGGCAAAACAACUUGAAGAGGAUCCUGCAUUUGAUGGACGGUUGAUUGUCCUCCAUCAGAAACGAUACGAUGUUCCAGACUGGUCGGUUGAUGACCAUAAUGCACGCCAUGGUUCUGAUUAUUCCUGGUUGAUGAAGGAGGUACAUUCGAUACAUGCGGAGAAUAGAACAGUGGCUAAAGACAGUAAACGACGGUCAAUUCUCGUUGUAACACACCAUGCGCCUUCGCUUCAGGGGACAUCGAACCCCAAACACGCUCAGAGUCCUUGGAGUGUUGCCUUUGGAACUAAUAUCCUGUCAGAGGUUCCGGACGGGGUGAAAGUCUGGGUGUUUGGGCACACUCAUUAUAAUACAGAUUUCAAGGAGAAGGGGGUACGAGUUGUGAGCAAUCAACGGGGGUAUGUGUUGCCUGGGAGUGAUCCGAAAGCAGACAGCGGGUUUGAUGUGAGGAAGCCACCAUCGGAAUGGGUGUGGGAGCAACUUGGAGUGUGCAACUGUUGUGUCGUCGCUUACCCCAGGCUGUGGGGUCGAAUCCAACCCCGCGCGGAGAGUCGCGGUUGGGAGCAACAGCCGCCUGUGAGUAAAGUCCAUCAUGCGGAGAGUCCCAUCGUCAUCAUCCCAUCAUCAACGCCACAUUUGGACCAUAUAUCAGGCCGGGCCCGUGCCCCAGUUCGCUUCAGUCAUGUACUUGAUUGCCAUGGAGAUGGGCAGCAGUUUCAGCCAGAUUAUCAACUAAUGAUUUUCUACAGAAAACAUACAACCACCAUGACCUCAAGAGGUUCGAAUCCCGUCUCGCGCCUUGCGGAAGCCGCCAAGGAGAAGGUUGCGCCAAGUACCUCCUCCAAGGCUAAGGAUCCCACCGAAAACUGGACCCCGGAGGAGAUGUUCGAGACCACGUUGGAUAAGAACGGCAAUCCAGUACCCGAUGCCAUCUCGUAUAUCGAUGGGCCUAAAAUGACCCAAAAACGACAAGGUCCAGACGAGGGAGAUGUUUUUGACGCCGCCAAUCAAGACUUUGACUAA